AAUGGCAAUAAAUAAUUAAGUAUGAGUGAAUUUGAAACACAAUGGCGAAAUUUGAUUUAAAAAUUUAAACAAAAAAACAAAAGAAACACGAAUAUUUAGACCAAUUAUUUAGCGAAAUUAAUCAAGAAAUUAAAAAAAUAAAAUAAAAUAUUUAAACAAUAAAAUUAGAAGCCUAUUAGAGAAGCCAUAGCAGCAUCGCAAAAAUUAUAUAAUAUUUUUUUUUUUUGAAAAGAAUAAAAGUAUAAAUUGAGUAUUUGUAUAAGAAAGCUUUAGUGUUAUUUGUAAAUAUAUAUAAAAGAGUUAUACAUCACAUAUACAUAUUAUGUAAGUAAUAAAUUAAAUAAUGGAUUCUUAUAUAUAUUUUACAAAUAAAUAUUAUACAUAAUUUAAAUAUAAAGUGAAAUUAAAUAAUUAAAAAUAAAAUAAAUGUUGUAAAAACCAAAAAAGGAGCUGAAUAUUGGUAUAUUGAGCCCGGGCCAAAUAUACAUAUAAGAUUUUUACAACACAAAUUCAUAAACUCUUCUAGCAUAUAGCACAAAGAGAACCAAAAAAAAAAAAAAAAACAAAAGAAGAGUUUUUCAAGAAGUUUGAAAAGAAAAAUAAAAACAAAAAUUAUUUCCCGCCAACCGCAACCCCACCACUCAGCCUCUCCUUCUAAAAUUAAGAAUUGUAAUAUACAUAUAUAUAUAUAUAUAUAUAUAUAUAUAUAUAUAUAGAGGAAGGAUUCGAGAAAAAUGAGUUUUUUUAGCUCAUUACAACAAUAUGUUACAAGUGGGGUAGCUGGUUUAGGAUUAAGUGCACGUCGUUUUUCACGCGGUGAUUCAGCUGAAAGUAUUAAUAAUCAAAUUGGAGAUAAAAUUACAUCCACUUUAAAUAGUGGUAAUCAAUCUAGUGGCAAUAAUUCUCAAAGUGGUAAUAAUAGCUCCAGUUUAGGUAAUAUCAAUACAACAGUUAAUUCACCAUUAAGUACAUCUCCUCAUGUGCAUGGUUUUCCAAAAGUUAUACCACCACCUGGUACAUCACCUACACAAUGUUUCAAUACAAGAAGACAAUCAUCCAGGGGAUCAGAAUGUAUUGUACCGCCACGUGGUGGUUCAUUUCGUCAAAAAACAUCACCAGUUCACAAAACUCCACCAGAAAAACCACCUUUAGCAUUUUGCAAAAGAAGAUUAUCAUGGCCGGAAGUUGAUUCUAGAUCAACAUCAGGUGUUCAAGAAACGGAUGGAUCUUAUUUUGAAAGUUUUACUGCGUUAGCAUGGAAAAGAGAAAAUCGAAGAAUGUCUGCUAUACGUGAUGCAGAAACACGUGCUGAAACAAUUCAAGAAAAUGAACAUAAUAAAAGUGAAGAGAUUUUGGAAAGUUUAGAAGAGAAAGAGAAAUUAUAUGUUGAAGUAUUACAUACAAUAGCUAAUACAGUUGGAGCACCUGCACCUGGAGGACAGUAUACACACUAUAAAGAUGAAAUGUAUCUUCAUGCUCAACGUACAUUUGGUAUACCAUCUGAAAGGCAUUAUCGUCUUUUACAUGCAGCUGCAGAAGAAAAACCUAAAAUAAUUGUUCUAUCAGUAAUUGUUAUUGAAGCAGAAGGAUUAGAGGCAAAGGAUGCAAAUGGCUUUAGUGACCCGUAUUGUAUGCUUGGCAUUCAACCAUCUGAAGCGGCAACACCUAUUUCACCUUUACCAUCAACACCAAGAAAUUUAUCAACAGAUAUGGCUGGUGGUUUUGAUAUGUCAGAUUCACCAAAUCAUCGUAAACAUAGCUUUCGUUUAAGUUUUAAAAGAAAAGAUGGUGGAACUAGAAGAGAACAACGUGAUUCCUUAAGUGGACCUGUUCCAGCAAAAUAUAUUAGAGCAACAUCAAUAAAACCUCAUACACUUUGCCCAAAAUGGAAUGAAAAAUUUAAAUUUGACAUUGAAGAUAUAAAUAGUGACAUUUUCCAUCUUGAUAUAUGGGAUCAUGAUGAUGAAACGUGUGUUAUAGAUGCAGUAUCACGUUUAAAUGAAGUUCGAGGUGUACGCGGUUUAGGACGAUUUUUUAAACAAGUUUGCCAAUCAGCUCGUCAAGGAUCUCAAGAUGAUUUUUUGGGAGCUGUUAAUAUACCAAUUAUAGAUAUACCUUCCACAGGUUUAGAAGGUUGGUUCAAAUUGGAAGCAAGAAGUCAACGAAGUACAGUUCAAGGUAGAAUUCGUUUAAAAUUAUGGUUGUCAACACGUGAAGAUCAUGGAACAUCGGAAGAAGAUAAUUCUGUUGAAAUAAGCAAGAUGGAAAAAUUAUAUUUAGCAUUUAUGCAAUAUGAGAUCAGGACACAUGAACCAUCUUGGACAUGGUGUGGAGAAUUACCUGGACCCGCUCUAACAAUAUUACACCAAAUGGCUGUACAAGCAGAUUUGUCAGAUUUACAUUGUUCUUUAGCAAGAUUCGCUGCAGCAAUUCGUUUAAAUUGUACAACAUCAAUUGAUCCCAAAUUCCUACAUAGAUUAUUAAUAGAAGUUGAUAAGACAUGGAAUCAACCGAACAACGAAAUUUUAUCAAUAGAACUUCAACAAUGGAUUGCAGAAUCUAUGACAACAUUUAUUGAAACAUCACUUGAGCAGAUUCGAAAACAUCGUGAUAUAUUUCCUGCUUUACAUUCACCAUCAUUAGUACGAUUAGAGUUUUUGUUACGAUGUUUAGGACUUUUAGGUUCUAUGAAAGCAUUUCGUCAAGUUUGCCCUUUUAGUAAAGGUGUAAGAGGUGAAAUUGUUGGCGCUUUAAGAAAGGGAUCAAUACAAUGGGCACAAACUCAUUUAAGAGAUUCUCAACGAUCUCCAAAUCCUUUAGUCAAUUUUACAAGUAUAAUUAUAGCCGAUAUACAGAUGGGUUUAACAUAUUAUCAUUCAUAUUUUGACACUACGAAUGGGAUACAAUACUUCAGCAUAAUUUACAAGCAGUUCGAUGCCAUGCUUGCUGAAGAAAUAAUUUCUAGAAUGGAGAGUGGACAAAUUCCUGGUUUAGGAAGUGCUUUGUCUCAGUUUACUUUUAUGGAAAACAAUAAAGAAAUAGCAGAUAUUCGCCCGUUUGAACUUUAUUUGGCACUUCAAGAAUUUUCUACAUACAAACAAAAUUUGUCGUGUCAACCACAACCGCCCGAAAAACCUCUUGCAUUGCAAAAUUAUUUUGAAUGGUUUAUUCCUGUUUUAGAAAGAUGGAUGGUAUUAAGCAAAACAAAAGCUCUGCAACGUGUCCGUUCUUCAAUACAAUUGGAUCAAAUUUGUGAAGGUGAAAGAAUUGUAAGACAUAGCACAUCUUCAGUUGAUACAGCAUCAUGUUUUUAUCAGAUGCGAGAAUUUUGGAAAAUGUUACAAUGGUCGGAUUUAAAUACGGCUCCCCAUUUUGAAGCACAAUUAAUUGAUGCUGCAUGCUCUGCAGCAAUGCAUUACUGUGACUUAAUACAUCAAGCAUUAGCUGACAGCGGAUAUUAUGAACAACAGGGUCCAUUUAGAAUUUCAGAUGAAAUGUGUGUCACAGUUAAUAAUUUGGAAUAUGUACGACGGGCAUUAUCAGAUUUUAGACCUGAUGGUCAACUAUUACAUGAUAAUGCAGAAACGUUGCUUGAAUCAAGUCUCUCCCAAUUAGAAAUGCGUACCGAACGGAUUCUAUCGAAAUUAUGCCCACUAAUGCAAAUGCCACUUCAAAAAGCGGUUUUUCAUUUAGCUUGGUCUCCAGAUUCUUUGCCUGCUAAUCAAGCAAUCAUCCCUCUUUUAGAAUAUCUUGAUAAUCACCUUUCUGCCUUGAAUAGUGCAUUGCUAACUAAAAAUUUUAAUCGAGCUUUAAAUCUUAUUUGGAAUACUGUUUUAUCUGAAUUAACUCGUCAAAUGGAUACAGGCGCUGAUGAUCGUCCCUUAAAUUUUCAUGAUAGAUUACAUGAAGCACUUCAACUUCUUGUAGAAUUUUUUAAUGCUGAUGGUUUAGGUUUAGCAAUGGAAAAUUUGCAUUCGGAUAGUUUUUGGCGUGUUGAACAAAGAUUACAAUAUCAUAAAACGGAAACGGAGAAACUUAUUGAUCUUUUUUAUUUACAAAGAUUACAAGAACAAUUAAUUGCACCAACUCCUGGACCAUAUGGUUCAUUAGCUGUACGAGCAUAUUUUAAUCAUGAUUCAUUAUGUGUUGAAGUAUUACAUGCAAAGGAUAUUCUUCCUUUAGAUCCGAAUGGAUUUAGUGAUCCUUUUGUGAUUUUAGAAUUAUUGCCGCGCCGAAUUUUUAAUCACUGUAGUGAACAACAAACUAACGUUCAUAAAAAAACACUAAAUCCUAUCUUUGAUGAAUGUUUUGAAUUUUCGGUAACAUUAGAUCAAUGUUUAAAGGAUGAGGCUAUGAUUGCUUUUACCGUUAUGGAUCAUGAUGUUCUAACAUCAAAUGAUUUUGCUGGGGAAGCUUUUUUGGCAUUGGGAACAAUACCAGGAGUUGCUGAUUAUAGUACAAGCGUAGAAAAUUUUCAUGGUUUAAAACAUGUUGAGUUACCAUUAUUACAACAACAUGAUAAAAAUCAUCCCAUUUUACAAAUUCUUGAGUCAAGAACUACUGACAAAUUAGCCAUUGAUUUUGUACGCAAACAAAAAGCCAGAUUGUCAACAUAAUUUUAUAACAUUUGUAUUGAAAAUACAUAGGAUGUAGUUUUCCAAAAAAUAUAAAAAAAAAAAAACAAUUACGUAAAAAACUAAAGCUUAAAUUUUUGAGAAAAUAUAUAUUCAUACAAAAAUAUUAAUAAACACUAAAUAUUUUGUAGAAAACAAAACACAAAAUUAUGUACAGAAAAUGUGCUUAAAAAAAUUUAAUUUCUAAUGACCAAAUUGGCAAUGUAAAAUUAUAAAAAAUUAUAAUAAUUUAUUUGGGUUAUAAAAGCCUGAAAGAAAAAUAAUAAAAUUAAUACAAAUCUAACGAAAUACAAUAUAUUUUUAAUAUGAAUGUGAAUAUUUCUUAAUUUAAAUAAUUAAUUAUUAAUUAUUUAAUAACUUAUUAAGUAUUUUACUUAUAUAUUAUUGUUUUUGUUGUGUAAAUUGAUUAAUUAAUUCUAAAGUUCACUAAAUUCUAAAUUGCCAUAAAAUUAUUAAUAAUUAAAAUUUAUUAUUUCUGCGUCGACUCAAUCGAAUGCGUAUUGCGUAUAUUUUCGGCCAAAAUAUUUUCACAUUCAUAUAUUAUGUACUUUAAUUUGAGCUACAAGAAGCUAUGGCACAACAGUAUUUCUUGCGUUUAAAAGUAAUGUAAUUAAAAAUUGAUACGGUUUUACAAAAGAAUAAAUGCAUACGUAGAAAUUUACUUACGUAUAAUACACAUUACGUCUUAAAUAUUGGUUUAGGUCGAGGUUGACGCUAAUUUUUUUCAAGAUGUCAUUUAAUUGUAAUACCAUAUAUACAAUUUUUUAAUUUUGUUCAUUUUAUUAAUAAAUAUUUAAAAAUGUUUAAAUUUGAAUAAAUAAUUAAGAAUCGAAACAAUUUCAUUUUAUUUUUAAUAUUU